AGAUUAGGUCCCCUCAUGUCACAUAGGAUCUCCGCCGUUUCUUCUCACGUAUCACCAGUCACCAACACCGAGCCUGUUAUCGUCGGCUAUGCUCGUACGCCCCUUGGGAGCUUCGGUGGCAGUCUGGCCAGCCUCAAGGCACCCGAGUUGGGUGCCCAUGCGAUCCGAGCCGCCUUGAAAAACGCCCACCUUCCCCCUGAAGCCGUAGAGGAAGUGCUUUUUGGUCAAGUCCUCUCAGCAGGAUGUGGCCAGGCCCCACACAGACAGGCAGCGCUGCUCGCGGGCAUUCCUAAUACUACUCCCUGUACUGGUGUCAAUAAGGUCUGUGCCUCCGGGAUGAAGACGUUGAUGUUGGCUGCUGCUAUGAUACGCUCAGGAGAGAGGAGGGUUAUGGUCGUGGGAGGGAUGGAGAGCAUGAGCAACGCCCCCUAUGCUGACCUUAAGGCUAGGUGGGGAUUGCGACACGGCCAUGGGGUGAUGACGGACCUCAUGGUCCUCGAUGGCCUCACUGACGCCUAUGAUGCCGUCCAUAUGGGGGAAUGUGCGGAACGAACGGUAGAGAAGUUCGCCCUCACUCGCGAGGCCCUCGACGACUAUGCUGCACGGAGCAUUAGACUCUCCCGAGGGGCUCAGCAGGGCCUCUUCAAACAUGAGAUAGCUCCUAUCGAAGUGAAGGGGAGGAGGGGGAAGGUCACCACAGUGGACAAGGAUGAACAAGUCGCAAAGGUCUCUGAGGAGCUUCUGUCGAAGCUAAAGCCGGCCUUCCGAAGAUCAGGAGGAGUGGUUACUGCUGGCAACUCUAGCCCCUUGUCUGACGGGGCGAGCGCUAUUGUCGUUAUGAGUCGACAAGAAGCAGAUCGUCUCGGAGUGCCGAUUCUGGCAAGUAUUGCAUCAAUGGCUGAUGCUGCGACGACCCCUGAGGACUUCACCAUCGCCCCGGCCACAGCGGCCAGGCUGGCUAUUAACAAGUUGCCCACUUUUGCUCAGUCUGAGAUUGGCGUAUGGGAGUUUAAUGAGGCCUUUGCGGCAGUCGUGCUUGCUAAUAAUAAGCUCCUUGAAGGAGUAGUGGAUCCGGAACAUGUCAAUGUGAAUGGAGGAGCUAUCGCCUUGGGGCACCCUCUGGGCUGCAGUGGUAGGGAUAAUGUACAUGUGUUGGGGGUGGUGNNNNGCGGAGGCGGGGCGAGCGCUGUCAUUCUGAGAAGAGAGUAA